CACGUGCGAGGUAAGAUAAAAAUAAAAUCAAGUACGAAGGAGAUUUCUAGAAAUAUUUUUAUUAACAGUACGAGUACGAGUACCCGUAKUUAAUUAAGCAAUAAUUGAGCGAACCGAACCCUGGUGUACAAGCAAAGCGUGUAGUUUGAACAUCCUGUUGUGGACCUUUACCUUUUUACGUGGCUUGCACUGGAGAAAUAAACUGAUCUCGUUUUCGGGUCCUUCGACUCAUUUUUUUCAAACCAACUUGUUAGCAAGGGAUGUUGUCCAUCCCRUCGAUCGCCUUUCCACGAAGACAGAAACAAUCUGUGUGUGCUGCAGCACAACGUAACAACUAGACUACGUUUUAACCGCCGCCUCUGUUCCUCCAAGCCCACAAACGAAUGUAAAUAGAAACACAUCAUUGCGCAAUUCUGUCACCAUGUCGCGGAUAGAAGCAUCUUUGGCGUCAUCAUCGAAACUAAAAGACAAAAAAUCAGAUGUGAGUCAUGGUAGUACAAAAGACACCAACAGCCACCCAUCAAUCUGGUUGAAACUGCAAGCGUUCAUGUGCGUCACCCUUCUAAUGGCACUGAUUUUAUUAGUCAAUCUUGGAGGAAUCUACGUUCUCUUCAAUCCCGGAUCUUCCAGAAGCAAGAUGAUGAUUUAUUUUUUAAUGCUCUAUGCAUCAAUUCGGCUGCUAACACCUGGGGGAGCCAUUCAUUCCGAGAAGCAACCCGAAGGUGGGGUCUGGAGAGCCUUUAGCGAACGAUAUUUUUUCCUCUCGUCCAUUCAUCGCCGGUAUCUAAACCUUUCAUUUGCUAAGCCCCUGCCCAAGGAGCUGGUGGAGGCCGAAUCCCGAUCCAACGCCCAGUUCAUCCUGGCGGCGUUUCCUCACGGAUGUAAUUCAGACUUCCGUGUAUUGAUGGACGGAAUCAUUAACGAGACCUUUCCUAAUCUACUGAAGAGAAACAAGAUUCGGGCGCUAGCGGCCUCGAUCUUGUUCUGGAUUCCCGUAGUGAGAGAAAUAUCGUUGUGGACCGGCUGCAUCGAUGCUUCCCGCCCGGUAGCCAAGGCUGCUCUGGAUCAGGGCAAAUCGUUACUGAUUCUACCCGGAGGUGAGGCGGAGCAAAUACGUACUGUGUAUGGAAGGGAAAUCAUCUACCUAAAGAAUCGCAAGGGAUUUAUCAAAUUGGCGCUUGUACACGGGGUGCCGAUUGUUCCCAUGUACGUAUUUGGAUGCAGCGAUUCGUAUUAUACAUACAAUUGGAUGGCUCAACGCUUCCGACUCUGGCUUGUCAAAAACCUUGGGAUAUGCAUUACCCCCUGCAGUGGGCUGUGGGGGAAUCCAUUUUGCCCUUUGCCAAAAACCACCACCAUUGUGAUGGGCAAACCGAUUCGUUUCGAAUUUGUCUUGGAACAAGACAAUCUCAAUGAAUCGUGUAUAGAUACAUCUAUCAGCAAGCAAACACCGACAAAGGAAGAAGUGGACAGAGCCCAUGCAGUGUUUAUCAGAGAACUCACAGCUUUGUUUGACGCUCACAAGACUGCUCUGGGGUACGGGGAUCGGACGCUAGAAAUCGUCUGAUCACGUCCAUGAACAACCAAAAUCGAACUUAUCAAGCUUCGAAACAAUGAUUUUGAGUAGACUAGACAUGAAUAGCAUAUCGAUAGUCUUAAUAAAUAACAAUUUUGCAA